CCCUCCAGUUCCCAAGCGGCUGCGCCAAGUGCUGCGCGCGCAGAGCGAAAGAACAGACGAGUACGCGCCUUCUCUUCCUCUACUUGUCACCUUUGGUCACAGCGCCACCUCAUGGUCGGCUGAAGCUUUGAGAGAAGAUUCAUGCCUCAGGGACGAGGAAUCAGACUCUUACCCCUUCCUCGUGCUUUGAGGUUACUUAGCAAGAAAUAAAGCCAGGGAGGAAACGUACUUUUCGGAUUCUCCUAUGAUCCACGUUCUUCCUGUUCUCGGAGGACCUAGACUCUAUGGUCAGUGGCGAAGAGGGGCCCUUACUCUAUCGGCGCUUGCGUGAGGCGAGGUGGUUCCGCAUGCGCCGUGGGGUCUAGCGAAGCGCACGCUGGAGAGGCUCGGCGGCUGCUGCGGGCGGAUCAGGUCUGAUCUCUCCGAUUAAAGCGAGCGGCGGGGGACCCUGUUGCGGGAGUCACACACAUACCUCAGAAUGCCGGGUCUAAGUUGUAGAUUUUAUCAACACAAGUUUCCGGAGGUGGAAGAUGUAGUGAUGGUGAAUGUCAGGUCCAUUGCUGAAAUGGGGGCUUAUGUUAGCUUGUUGGAAUACAACAAUAUCGAAGGCAUGAUUCUUCUUAGUGAGUUAUCCAGAAGGCGAAUCCGUUCUAUAAACAAGCUCAUCCGAAUUGGCAGGAAUGAAUGUGUGGUUGUCAUUAGAGUGGACAAAGAAAAAGGCUAUAUUGAUUUGUCAAAAAGAAGAGUUUCUCCAGAGGAAGCAAUCAAGUGUGAAGAUAAAUUCACCAAGUCCAAAACUGUUUAUAGUAUUCUUCGUCAUGUUGCUGAGGUGUUAGAGUACACCAAGGAUGAGCAGCUGGAAAGCCUGUUCCAGAGGACUGCCUGGGUCUUUGAUGACAAGUACAAACCUGGAUACGGUGCCUAUGAUGCGUUUAAGCAUGCUGUCUCAGAUCCAUCUAUUUUGGAUAGUUUAGAUUUGAAUGAAGAUGAACGGGAAGUACUCAUUAACAAUAUUAAUAGGCGUUUGACCCCACAAGCUGUCAAAAUUCGAGCAGAUAUUGAAGUGGCUUGUUAUGGUUAUGAAGGCAUUGAUGCUGUGAAAGAAGCCCUGAGAGCAGGUUUGAAUUGUUCUACAGAAACUAUGCCCAUCAAAAUUAAUCUAAUAGCUCCUCCUCGGUAUGUGAUGACUACAACAACCCUGGAGAGAACAGAAGGCCUCUCUGUCCUCAAUCAGGCUAUGGCUGUUAUCAAAGAAAAGAUUGAGGAAAAGAGGGGUGUCUUCAAUGUGCAAAUGGAGCCCAAAGUGGUCACAGACACAGAUGAGACUGAACUUGCAAGGCAGCUGGAAAGGCUUGAGAGAGAGAAUGCAGAAGUGGAUGGAGAUGAUGAUGCAGAAGAAAUGGAAGCCAAAGCUGAAGAUUAACUUUGUGGAAAACAAGAGUCCAGUUUAAGGAAUACAAAACAGCCCUUCUUGCUGUAAACCCUAGACUUGAAAGUUUUCCAGUAUUGAAAACUUCAAAGCUGAAUAUUUUUUAUUUCCAAGUAUUUAAAUGUUCCAACAGACCAAAUGCCCUCCUGAAUGCCAGCUGUUUUCACACAUUAGCUCCAACACAUUGAGCACUUUUUGAGGGAGUGGCUUGAUUUUACUAGAGACAAAUAUUUAAAAGUCAUAAAAUUGGGCUUGUGAUUCCCAUUUCUGAUGUCUCCAGAUUGGCACCCCUUUGUAGUUUAGUGCCUCCAUGAGAUUUCCAGAGGCACCCAAAGCAAAUAGUCUGAACCUUUCUAUAUAAAAUGUAUCAAGCAAACAUUAAAUAAAUUUCUGGGAUAUUUAACUAUAGGCUUCUUCCUUCUUGUCACCAGUUAAAAGCGUUAUGAAUACUAAGACCUCAUUCUCUUAUCUUCAUUUUAGUCUAGAUGUGUGGGCAACUGGCCAAAGGAUUGAUGCAGCAGAUCCUUUCAAAGGGGUUAGAGAAAGUACAGUUAAAGCGGAGUCUUCAGGGGGAAAAAGCCUUAAAAUGCAGUUAAAGACAUAUUGGUUGUGUGCCUUUUACCUAUUUGAGAUUGAUGACAUCUGGUAGGAGGGACAAAUAAUCACACUGUACUGAGCUGCUUGUCUUGAGUUUGUAAUUCAGGCUAGUAAAUUAUGUUUUGGUUUUUGCUGCUUUAAUUUAGUUGUUUUAAGUAUCACCAUCCAACUUUUGAUUUUUUUUCCUUUGGACUAUUCACUAGGUGCCACCUAGAGCUUCAGUUCUCUUUAUAAUAGAAUAAGGAUCUUUUUGAACACAAUUACAAUUUUUCUACAUGUUUUCAUCAUUUUUAUCUUUAGGAGCUAAUAUUUUAAAGUACACAAAGGUAAAUUCCAUAGAUAACAAACACGUUUUGAAGUCACAGUUAACAGUAGUCAGGGUGUAGAAAGUCGAGUUCCUUUGGUCUGCUUUAAAAUUUAAGCUCUAGGAUAACUGAGGUAUUAAAUAUAUAUUAAUUUUAGUAAUUAUUCAUAGAAGGAUAUCUAACUAUUUAGGAGAUUAAAACUAACUCACCCUAGUCAAUCCAAAGCUAGACUUAACUAUUAAAGGGACUGGAAAAGAGUGUGUUGGCAAGAUAGGUAGUGCCAUUUGUAAAGGUGUAUCUGUUUAAUUUAGUGGCCUCUACUAGCUUUUUAAAUCCAAAAGUCUAACUCCAUAUAGCCAUUUCCACGAGGGAGCUAUAUCUAGGUCCCAUACUGGGAGUUUAGAGGAAAAUCUUGGCUGUACUCAAAAUUGGCGCAUAAUUUUCACUUUUGUCUUUUUGAGGGGUCAAAAGACAAAUCUAAAAGCUUACAGCAUCAAGAAUGUCAUCAAAAUAUAACAGGUGCUCCUUAAAUAUUUGCUGUAAGUAGGAGAAUGGAAUUUUUACUUAGCUUACGGGUUUUUUAAUUACUUCAAAAGCCAUAACUGUUGAGAGAGAUUGUUGGCCUGCAUGGUGAGUGAUUUUAUUCCAUGCAGGCCUUCUGUUCAGUUCAACCACAAUUUUGCAGAUUUGACACUUCACAGGAAAAGCUCAAUCAAUACCUCACUGAUACCGUGGAGAGAAUUAACUAAACUUCAAGUAUACUUACACUCUGCUGAUUGAAAAGUAUCACUUGCAGAUAGGUUUGCACCUGCUCCAAAUAACUUGAGGAUCAGAUUGGUGGACAGUUGACUAGCUUAAAACGCCAAUCUUGGAUCUUUUCCCACCAAAGCCUCUUCCUUGAUAAUAGACAAUUUCAUCUCUACAUUCUGUGUUUGAAUAAAAUAAAGUGGUUGUCAGCUAAUUAGCUAUAGUUUGGGUCUCAGUUAUCACAUUAAUUGAAAAUGAUCAUGAAGAAAAUAUGACCAUUCAAAACCACUGUUCAUGUUUUAUAGCAAAACGAGACCAAUAUCUGUGGAUAAUCCUGGAACACUGGAAACUUGCAGAGUCAUGCUAAGCAGUACAAUUAGUUAUUCUUCAGCUGCCACACUUUCAAACAUUCCUGACCCAACUACAUUAACAUCAAGAACAAUUAAAAUGCUUUGGGAUUUUAAAAAUUCAAGUGCUAGUACUUUGGCAAGAGUUAUUGCCUCAUUUGCCUUGAAGUGAAGUUCAACUACUUUACAAUGCGUGAAGAUUCUGCUCUCAUACAGAGUGGGGCGCAGUUGUGCCAAUUUGGAGUCCAGACAAAUUCAGUUCAUGUCAAUGCCUAUUGAUAUUCAAAAAGCAAUAAGGAAACUAAUUCCAGGGACGUUAGACCUUGAAAUGCCGAAUGGGAAAUGGUGCUUUAAAAGGCAGUCUUACAAUGUAAGAAAUAAAGUAGAACCUCACUAGCUUGGAAUUCCUGAUCCUUUAGGUUUUCAAGACAAGAUUAAGAGGACACAAUUCAAACUAAGAAAUUUUUACUUAAGCACUUUGGAAGUAUCUAUUCCCCUUAAAUGUAAGUUACAUAUCUUACCUAUUCAUUAAAAGAAGUCUAAGCACUUGUACUUGGCAGGAAUGCUAGCAGUGACUUGUGCCAGAUGACUGUAUGAACUUGAAAAUAAUAAAAAUGUU